CUGCGUGAAGUAGCUGGGGCGGGACCUCGGGACCUGGUUCCCGGUGGCGGGGAUUUGCCAGCCGGUAAGGAGCAUGGGGACCCCUGCGGACGCCGCGACCCGUUCCGUGGGCGCAGGGUCGCUUGAAGGCGUGGGGAUCCCGCCGGGCUUGCAGACCGACUGCGAGGCGCUGCUCAGCCGCUUCCAAGAGAUGGACAGCGUGCGCUUCGAGGACUUCGCGGAGCUCUGGCGCAGCAUGAAGUUCGCGACCAUCUUCUGUGGCAAGAUGAGGAACCUGAAAAAGAACCUGUUUACAAAAGAGGCUUUAGCUCUGGCCUGGCGCUACUUUUUGCCUCCAUACACCUUCCAGAUCAGAGUUGGUGCUUUGUAUCUACUGUACGGGUUGUACAACACGCAGCUGUGCCAGCCAAAACAAAAGAUCAGAGUUGCCCUGCAGGACUGGGAUGACGUUAUUAGAUUUCAGCAAGACUUGAUAAACGCACAGCAUUUUGAUGCAGCUUUUGUUUUCAGGAAGCUUCGGCUAGACAGAGCCUUCCACUUCACAGCAAUGCCCAAGCUGCUUUCAUGUAGAAUGAAGAAAAAAAUUCAAAAAACUGAAGUGACACAAAAAUUUAAGGACCCAAAUGAUCGUGUAAUGAAGCUUAUCACUUCUGAUGUAUUGGAGGAAAUGCUGAAUGUUCACGAUCAUUACCAAAAUAUGAAGCAUGCUAUUUCAGCUGAUAAGACCACGCCAGACAAAGCUCUCAGCCUGGUAAAGGAGGAUUUUUUUGACACCAUUAAGAACAUAGUUUUGGAGCACCAACAGUGGCACGAGGACAGGAAGAAUCCGUCCUUAAAACCUAAACUUAAAGAUGGAGAAGAAGAAAGUGAAAGCACUUCCCAGGAGCCAGAGAGAUGUGAAAGAGCAGAGUCUUUAGCAAAAAUAAAAGCAAAAGCCUUUUCUGCUGUUGCUCAGGCGUCCAAGUCCAGGAGGCAUCGCCAAGCCAAGCUUGACUCCUCUGACUCUGAUUCUGGGUCUGGACAAGGGCAAGGCAAAGCAGCUAAGAAGAAAAGAACCAGAGAGACAGCAGAACCAGCAGGAAAGAAGAGGCCUUCCAAAAGCAGAGGUAAUGUUCAGAAUGACCAGAAGGAAGAGAAGUCUUUACGCCUGAGUAUGCCCAUAAUUGCGGAAGAGGCAGAGGAGACUGACGACUUCAGCGAAGCAGAGUUCACCGCUCCCAAAAAGAAAAGAAAGCGCUGACCAGGAGCCUGGUGGAGUGUAGCUUCUAAGCUUCCUGACAGAAAAGCAGGUUUGAUUUUGUUGUGAGCAAGAGGCUGGCCAGCGAGGACUGACAUCUGAGAACGAGGUCGUUUCUGUGAGAUGGGAGAGCCCAGUGUUGGUCAAGAGCUGGAGUAGGUGCUGACUCUGAAGCUGUGUAACAUUUCUGUUCAGCGUCUGUGUGGAUGGAGAUAUAGUCUGCAUUCAGGCUGUGACAGAAAGCUGUGCGCUGUGUGCUGUGUGUUAGCUCCCGAAAGUUCUGUGGCUGCACCUUCAUGCGGCGCUGUAAUGUUUACUACUCUAGUUCUCAGUUUCUUAAAAUACUAUUUAUAUAUAAGUGACUCGUACCUGUCAUCCAGCAGUCGACUGGGCUGUGGUUUUUAAUAGUUUAUGUGUUAUGAUCAAGUGCAAUAAAAGUUUUUCCCACUUGCUUUGUCUUUUAAUGUGUGAAAUUUGCAUGGUCAACCACUUGACUGAUAACUUAGAAAGUUAACACUCCUCUGUCCUGAAUGAUGUGUUCCUGUUAUCCAUUUACUGGAUAUGUAUGGUAGGUUGACCUUGAGUCCCCACUGCUGGGGUUGUAGACUGCACCGUGCCUCAUGCUAGCUUCUUCAGUGUUUGCUUUGAAAUACCCUUUGGUCUAAUGCGUGUGAAUACAUUUGUAUGUGUGUGUCCUCACCUACACAUACGAUUAGAUAAUAAAUUGUCUAGUGCUUACAUUUAAUAAGCCUUGAGGAGCAGUCUUAGAAAUUUUAGAGUGCGUCUUUGUAAAUCACAGGAAAAAAUUCUAUAGCAGCACAUCGUGCAUGUGCUGCUCUUUUAAUUUCUCAGCCCAUGAGUUUAAAUGG